CAAUGGUGGUAAGAGUGCCGGCGAGACAAUGCUCUACUCCAUCGAGUGGUGGCUAUCACUGCAUCCCUGAGACCAGAGUCCCGUUAAUGAGUGACCAGUUCUGCACACAUGAACGCCGAUCCUUAUCCGCCGCCACCGCCGACGUUGUCCGACACAUCCUCUUCUCAAACAUGUUGUGUUGCGGACGUAAAAAGGGAUCACGGGAUGUGAGGGGACAGCAAAUCUUAGGUGAAGGUAGUGCCAGUGCCUAUGGGGGACUCGCCCACCACCAUCAUCAUCAACAGCCCGUCAAUGCGCUACACUUUCGCAAAGGUCAAAGCAAUGGUGGUAAGAGUGCCGGCGAGACAAUGCUCUACUCCAUCGAGUGUUCUGCACACAUGAACGCCGAUCCCUAUCCGCCGCCACCGCCGACGUUGUCUGUAUUGCGAGAAAAGGUCCGACACAUCCUCUUCUCAAACAUGUUGUGUUGCGGACGUAAAAAGGGAUCACGGGAUGUGAGGGGACAGCAAAUCUUAGGUGAAGGUAGUGCCAGUGCCUAUGGGGGACUCGCCCACCACCAUCAUCAUCAACAGCCCGUCAAUGCGCUACACUUUCGCAAAGGGGGUCCACUCGCGGGUCCCUAUCAUAGCCAACAGUUGCCGUUGAGGUCACGAAUGCCCGAAAUGGUAGUGCAAAGCGAUUUCCGGAAAGUGAGUGGAAUUACGUCCGAAGUGUUUCGCCAAAUAGAGGCCGUCGAGAAUGACUUCGACUCCACGACCGCCGCGUACUUCGAGUCCGUCGAGAAGAGGGGAGAAAUGGUUAUAAGACUACUCAAUCCCCAGACACUGGGAAGGGCUGGUGUGGAGGCCGGCCGUCGAUACGGCACCGCAACAACACAGGGCGGCGGACAUCACAGUAGCGCACAGUUUGUGGAGAUCAUCAAAAGGCCGGGACAGACAUUAGGGCUUUACAUACGCGAAGGCGACGGUUACCGGUGCAGUGAUGGGGUGUUUAUAUCGCGCAUAGCGUUAGAAAGUGCUGUUUAUAACAGUGGACUUCUUAAAGUGGGUGACGAGGUAUUGGCCGUCAAUUUAGUAGACGUCCGCCGCAUGUCUUUGGACGAUGUGGUCAUCAUUAUGUCGAUUCCCCGGCGACUUGUGCUCACAAUCCGUUCGCACAUCUAUUCCGGGAGUCAGUCGGCAAUAAUGGCCAGAAAGUCGAUGGGAAACGACUACCGAAACCUACCGGUGGUUGUCGUGAAGCGAGAGGUGGAGGACGAGCCGUACGACGAGGGGACGAGUCAGAGGGACAGCGAAAACGGACACUUAAUGCAGGCCAGACUCAAGGGUCUGCCCGACAACAUUCCAGCCAUGGCUGUGCCUCUCGACGGCCAGAUAUACCGGGCGUUACCGCCGCGUCCGGAGGACGAAGUGAUUUACUAUAACACACAACCCUUGCAAUUGCGGACAUCGAUGUCCGGAACCUAUCCAUCGAUGCAAGUGAGAGACGACAUGUGGAGCGACCAAAGGACAGGUGUCUCACACAGUCGUCCGUACGGUAUAAUCACUCAACAGCCAAAUGUGUUGCGCCGACAGUACCCGAGAACUAUAGACAACUUGUCAGCUCAGGUGCACCAGUAUUACAGCUCCGGAUACUCUUCAGAUGUGCCACAAUCGUCGCGACGCAGCGGUUCAAUGGGUGUGACGAGAGCUGCUGUCCACAGACCUCCCUCUACGGGACGGCAACGCUAUUGGGAGGACUACGCGAUGGCCGGAAGUGCUCCCAAUAGCGGCCACUUUAGAGGGCAACGACUGUUGCGAACGGAGAGCGAUCACGGAAUACCGCCCACAAUGUCCGACGACUUCCUCGACAGAUAUAUGCGACCAUUAAGUAGAACCAGUGUCUCGACGACAGGCGGCUAUCCAUCGGUGGCUUCUAUGCAAGACUUGAAACAGAGAAGAAUCGAUGAGUUGAGAAACUCGUCGUCAAAUCAGGCCAUUAAUAGUAUAUUACGGCGAAGAAACCCAUACUUCGACGGAAGCGCUUCGGACACUGAGACCAGUUCUCCGUCUCACUAUUUGCUGGGACAGCGAAGUCUGGGCUCGUAUUCACGAAUGGUUAGGGGAGGCGGCGGUUCCCGCGACUCAUUCCAGUUGAGGAGCAGUUCAUUGCCGCGAACGCGACCCCAAUCUCAAGACUAUCCCUACUUCUCGCGUACGCCUCCCUCGAGACGACCGCCGCGACAGACCGUUCGCUUCGAGAGACCCCCUCUCGGCUACGACGAGGACAGCGACGGAGCCGUCUCUGCGCCCGAAUUGCCGGCCACUCGUCCGCGAAGAAUGGGCCGGAGAACCACUUCGCCAAACACCACAUAUUCUUCGGAUGAGUACCAGAAUUGGAUGGUCAGAGCGCCGUCCACUUCAGCCAUAUAUGAAUGCGUCCGACGGGGAAAACAACUCCCAUUGAGCUCUCAUAGUAUCAACAAAAUUGCUAAUUCGGCUGAGAGUCUGCUCGACACCAUCCGAUCGGAACAGAAGCGGACACUUUUGGCCGAUUUAUAUGCAAGCCGUGCGGCCAUUACUGGCAAGACAUCAUCAAUGCUGCCGAUGGGUCGCGAAGACUCCAAUCGGGCGCUCAAUAAAUCCAUAUUAAAUCCGUUUACAAUGGAUUACUUGCGCGGAUCCAUACCUAACCCGACGCCCGUUAAGCCCAGUGAAGACUCACGUCUACACCUGUUGUCACUAAAUCCGCGCGAAUUCUUUAAGUACAGACCGGAGAAACCGGAGCGCGGAUUACAGAGCGAAGGGUUCAGUGGUUUAGUGAAUGUGCAUCUGUUGGCGGGUCGGGGUCUGCGGGCCAGCACUGGUCACGUGAGUGAACACUAUCGGGACGUGUAUUGUGUGCUCGAAUGCGAUCGCAUACAUAAGGCCCGCACUGUUGUCAGGAGUGGUGAACAGAGCUUCGAUUGGGACGAAGUGUUUGAUGUGGACUUAUUUGACACCAAAGAGAUUGCGUUCCUCUUAUACACAUGGGAUCCGCAAUUCAGACAUAAGUUGUGUUACAAAGGAGUUCUUCAUUUGUCUUCGCUGUCACUCAAUGAGACUCCGGCUCACAGUCUGGCCUUAAAGAUGGAGCCGAGAGGCACUCUAUAUGUGAAACUCCGAUACAAAGACCUUCAGUCAACAUUCCAGCGGCCGAUCGUCACACCCAGUGGUCAAACAGUGAACGCCAUAUUCGGUGUCGACGUCGAGAGUGUUGUGAAUCGCGAGAAUUCCGGACUAAAUGUGCCGUUAAUUGUGAAACGAUGUGUCGAUGAGAUCGAGAAACGGGGUCUCGAUUUGGUCGGCAUUUACCGACUCUGCGGCUCAUCUGUCAGAAAGAAAAUGCUUAGAGAAGGCUUCGAGAAGAAUGCAUGGCUUUGCGACCUCAGCCCCGAACACGUCCCGGAUAUCAAUGUCAUCGCCAGUGAUGUGUUUGUCAGGCAUUGUGACAAAUUUUAUUUGACUAAACUCUGCACCACUGGUCCUAUGAGUUCCACUCAAUUCCUA